AUCGGGUCCGCCGCGAAAGUGUUAGAUUGUUGACUACCUGAGCAGCCUGUCAAUUGCCCCCUCUUCUCGAUCUCGAAUAUCUGUCAUCCCACCUCCGAUAAUCACUCAUCAUGGCGAAGAAGGCAUUGCCCAAGGAUCAGAUCGUGAAGCUGAUCGUGGGAGCUGGCCAGGCCAGCCCCAGUCCCCCCGUCGGUCCGGCCCUGGGUAGUAAGGGUGUGAAGAGUAUGGAUUUCUGUAAGGAGUUCAACGCCCGCACUGCGCACAUCAACACCGGUGUCCCUAUCCCGGCCCUCGUCACCGUUCGUCCCGACCGUUCGUUCCUGUUUGACCUCCGGACCCCGACUACGACCUAUCUGCUCCUGCAAGCCGCCAACGUCGAGCCGCGCAAGAACCGCAUCCGCGGGGCCCAGAACCCCGGCCACGAGAUUGUGGGCAAGGUCUCUCUCAAGCACAUCUACGAAAUCGCCAAGAUCAAGCACACCGAGACGCGACUGUCCGGUCUGAGUCUGCAGGGCAUGUGCAAGAGUGUCAUCGCCCAGGCCAAGUCGAUUGGAGUGGAGGUGGUGCCGUGAACGGCGGACAAGGGGGAAGUCGACUGUAUUGUAUAUGGGAUCCUUGCUACCGGGCGAUCACUGCUGCUAGCUGUCUGGGACUGAUGAUCAUGGCGUUCUUGGGGGACUGGGUCUGUUGUCAUUUGUAUUAAUAGGCAUUGCAUGUGAUAUAGAAAGCGUUGGCUGGUGCCUGAAGCGUUCUACACAAA